UAGAAUUACUGGAAGGGAGCAAUUAAGGGCUUUAAAGAAAUAUUGGCCGCCACUUUCCCUUCACUUUCCCGCCAAAACCUUCUUACCCCCAUUGGCCAUUGCCAUCCCUGAUCUCUCUAUCUCUCUCUGGACGCUUGUCUCACCUACUGUCACUCAACACACCUCAAUCCACCAAUGGACAUGGACAUGGACAUGCCUCUCCCAGAAGAGCUCGAGUUGCUCGAAUCCAACUUUCAACUCUACGACGACUACCUGGACCUCGAACCACCGGAACCCUACCCAGAGGAAGAACAAGAAGAAGACCACCAACCAACGCCUUCUAUAGAUCCACCCCUAAUAUCCGAAACCCAUACCAACGGCCACAAGCGUUCGCGAUCGGACGGUCCCGACGCAUCGGCCCCCGAAAAUGUGUGCCCGUCGGACGAGAAACGUUCCAAAUUUGGCGACGUGGACCCGAAUACUGACGAGGAGUGGCUCCGCUACUCGCCACCUCCACGGGAGAGCAAUCCUGUAGUGGAGGGACGGGAGCGUGCUGUGGAGGAAAAGAUCGUGUCGAGGUACGCGUCGCAGAUCGACGGCGAUUGUAUUCCGGUGACUGCGCCGAGCGGCGAUAGGGUUUACGCAAAGAUAUGCAGGGUGGAAAGGGAGGAGCGGUUGAAGAAAUUGGACGUGAAAGCGCAGUCGGGUGGUCUUAUUUUGGAACCUGUCAGUAUUCUAUUGCAAAAAGUUGAGCAAGAAGCUUUUACUAAGGCCUUACAAGCAAGUUCUGAAGGCCAGAGUGACAUAACCCUUCCUGAAACACCAGUGGUGCAUGAGCAACUUUGGGUUGAUAAAUAUGCUCCAAGUUCGUUUCCUGAGCUUCUCAGUGACGAACAGACAAAUCGUGAGGUUCUCUUAUGGUUGAAACAAUGGGAUUCCUGUGUCUUUGGAUCUGAAAUUAGGAAUACAUCUGAUGAGGUUUUGUCUGCUUUGAGACGACAUUCUUCUAUUGCUCAACAUCAAAAAAAUUCUGAUUCAAAUUUUUUGAGGAAGAACAGAGGACCCAGAUGGCGUAAUGAAAGAUUUGAAAAUUCAAACAAUUUGGAUCAUGAAAAUAGUAAUUCGAAAGGCAUUCAGGACUUGUGGAAUAAGAAGUCAAGGCUCACUGGCCCGCCAGAACAGAAGCUCCUUUUACUUUGUGGUCCCCCGGGGCUUGGAAAGACUACACUUGCACAUAUAGCUGCUAAGCAUUGUGGAUAUCAUGUGGUGGAGGUUAAUGCUAGUGAUGACCGGUCAUCAUCAACAAUCGAAGCUAAAAUUCUUGAUGUGGUCCAGAUGAAUUCUGUCAUGGCCGACUCAAGGCCUAAGUGUUUGGUGAUUGAUGAAAUAGAUGGAGCUCUUGGUGAUGGCAAGGGUGCUGUGGAAGUUCUUUUAAAGAUGGUGUCUGCUGAAAAGAAGUCUGAUGUGGCGAAGGAAAACAUUGCUAAAGAAGAACAAUCAGGAAAGAAAUCCUCAAAGAAGGGGCGUAAAACUGCUUCACUGUCAAGACCUGUGAUUUGCAUAUGUAAUGACCUAUAUGCACCUGCCCUGAGAACAUUGCGUCAAGUAGCAAAGGUUCAUGUAUUUGUUCAACCAACAGUUAGUCGUGUAGCAAGCAGGCUCAAAUAUAUAUGUAACAAGGAGGGAAUGAAAACGAGUUCCAUUGCACUUACUGCACUUGCAGAAUACACGGAAUGUGAUAUACGCUCAUGCUUGAAUACUCUUCAGUUCCUCAACAAAAGGAAUGAAACCCUCAGUGUGUUGGAAAUCAGUUCUCAAGUAGUUGGUCGAAAGGACAUGUCAAAAAGUGCUUUUGAUAUAUGGAAGGAGAUUUUCCAAAGGAGAAAAAAGAAGCGGGAAAUAAAAUCUGACAAUAAUUCCAGCAGUAUGCCCAAUGAGUUUGACAUUUUGCACUCCCUCAUAUCUAACCGUGGUGACUAUGAUUUGAUAUUGGAUGGGAUCCAUGAAAACAUUUUGCAUCUCCGUUAUCAUGAUCCAGUGAUGCAAAAGACUGUCAAGUGCUUAAAUAGCCUUGGUGUUUCUGAUCUGAUGCACCAAUAUAUCUUGCGUACACAGAAGAUGUCUCUUCUUGUUUAUUUGCCUCCUAGUGCAAUCACUGUACAUCAUCUAGUAGCCCAAGUUCAAAGACCAAACAUUGAAUGGCCUAAGUCGUAUCAAAGGUCCCGAACAAUGUGGCUGGAAAAGAUGGAGACUUUAAAGUCUUGGCACUACAAAAUUCCACCAUAUAUUUCAAGGCAUCUCUCAACUAAGUCCUUUGUAGAAGACUUGAUUUCUCCAUUAUUGCACAUUCUGUCACCACCAACUCUACGGCCGGUGGCAUUACAAUUACUGUCAGAAAGAGAGAAGAAUGAUCUGACUCAGCUGGUUAGCACAAUGGUAUCCUACUCUAUAACAUAUAAGAGUGUUAAAUCUGAUCUUCUGCCCAAUAACCCAAGACAUGAAGCUGUGUCAGAUACCUCAUCACUUUCUUUCAAUCCUCCAAUUAACGACUUUAUUAACUUCAAGGACUAUAGUUCUGGUCACUGUGUACUUGCUUUAGCUAUGAAGCAGGUGUUGUUGCACGAGGUUGAAAAGCAAAAGAUCUUACAAGUAAGCAUUGGAAGAUCCAUGCACUCAACAGAUGGAUGCACCAAGGAAAGGCGAGAUUUUGUAGAGGUGGAAGCUAGCAGAGCUCAAUCUACAAAAACUGAUCAUGCACCUGCAUGUGUUGGGAAAAGCAUGAAAAAUGAAAAGAAUAUGUUAAAUAUAUCACAAUGUAAUCCAAGUACCACCAAAAUUUUGUCAAACUUGGGUUCCAGCAAAAGUACGACAGCUAGUGUGAAAUUAAAAUCCCAUGGACAUACGAAAAAUUCUUUUAGUGGUUCCUCAAAUUUCUUUGACAGGUUUAAGAAGUUGAGUAGUAAAGGUUCUCAGAGUACUGAUAUUGCUGUGAAGAAAGAAGCAACCUUGAGAGAUAUGCAUCCGCUGCUAUUUAAAUUUAAUGAGGGUUUUACAAAUGCUGUUAAAAGGCCUGUUCGAAUUCGUGACUUUCUUCAGUGAAGAACCUCGGUUCUUGUAAGCGAUAUAAAAUUAUUCUUCUAUUCAUUUAUAAUAUAUAUUUCUUUUCUUUGACUAAACUUUUCAAAAAAAUUCUAUAAUUGUCCAUUACCCAAUUUAAUAUACAAUAAUAUCUUUUCUUCUAUUAAUGAGAUACUGCUUUACCAUCUGCACUAUUUUCAGAUAAA